CUUCCGGUGUCUCUUAAAGGGGCCGCGAUGGGCGCGGGGCGGGCGCCGCCGCCGCCGCUCUUCUUCCUCCUCCUCCUCAUCCUCGGCCUGUUCGCGGCCGGCGCCGCCGCGCGAUGGGUGGCGACCCCCGAGACGGUGCGCCCCCGCGUGGUGCGCGAGCAGGUGCUGUGGGUCAGCGGGGGCUCGCAGCCGCCGGGGGUCCCGCUCCCCGUUCCCGGCGGGUCCCCGCCGCUGUCGCCGCCCUUCCGGGGGGGCGUGCACACGUUCCGGGUGCCGCUGCUGGCCGCCCCCGCGGGGGGGGCGCUGCUGGCCUGCGCCGAGGGCCGCAAGCGCUCCGCGGCCGACGUGGGCGCCAAGAUCAUCGCGUGCCGCCGCUCCGCCGACGGAGGUGCCACCUGGGGCCCCACGCAGGUGGUGGCCGAUGACGGCUGGGGGGGGGACGGGCUGAGCCUGGGGGCGCUGCUGGCGCCGGGGGGGGGGCAGGAGGUGCUGCUGCUCUUUGCCCGCUGCGCCCACCCCCAGGCCUGCGGACCCCCCGCCACCCUCCUGCUGCGCUCCCCCGACGGGGGGCGCUCCUGGACCCCCCAGAACCUCUCGGACGUGGUGGGGGGCGAGGUGUUCGCCCCCGGGCCCGGCUCCGGCAUCCAGAAGCAGCUGCCCCCGUUCCCGGGCCGGCUGGUGUUCUGUGGGCACGGCACCCUGGAGCGGGACGGGGUCUCGCUGCUGCUCAGCGACGAUGGGGGGCACAGCUGGCACCGGGGGGGGGUCCUGCCCGCCAUCCCCUUCGGAGCCCCCCGGCGCCCCCACGACUUCACCCCCGACGAGUGCCAGCCAUUCGAGCUGCCCGACGGCUCCAUCGCCGUCAGCAUCCGCAACCAGGGCUGGUACCGGUGCCGGUGCCGCAUGCGGGCGCGCAGCUGGGACGGCGGCGAGUCCCUGUCCCCGGCCAGCGUCACCCUGGAGCCGCAGCUGCCGGACCCGGCCGUGGCCGCGGGGGCGCUGGCGCUGCCCCAGCACGGGCUGGUGCUGUUCAGCAACCCGGCCCAUGAAACAGAGCGCGUGAACCUGACUCUGCGCUGGAGCUUCGACAACGGCACCACGUGGUGGGGGCGUGGCCUGCGCGUGUGGGAGGGGCCCAGCGGGUACUCGACGCUGGCGGCCCCGCCCCCCGAGGAAGAAGGCCCCGCCCCCUUGGUCUACCUCAUCUACGAGAAGGGGCGGAGCCUCUCCACCGAGACCGUCUCAUUGGCCACCAUCAGUCUGUCCGGAGACCUCUGACCCCGCCCCUUGCGCGCGCAAUAAAGCGAUUGGUUCAGA